ACAUGGGAUUGUUCACUUUUAUACGAUCAAAGAUGCAAGUAUAUUUUAUUAUGAUAUGCAAGGAAAUUAUGCUGAGCUAUAUAAUAUUAUGAUUAAAUUCUCAGCAGCAUUCAAGUUCGAAACAAAGGAGGAAUUUUUGUAUCCAAAGUUUGAAAUCUCAACUUCCAUACCAGUAAUGUCACCUGCAAAUGUAAAAUCUUCU